AUGGAAGUAUCAGACGAGCAGCCAGUUGCACUUGCUAGUUUUAUGCUGGUGGAGGAGGCUGAAUAUUGGUGGGAGGCCACGCAAUGCCUACUUACGGCAUGUGGCACUGGAGGAUUGACCUGGAACCAAUUCACUAAGGUCAAAUGUCGUCGUUUUAUAGAUGGGUUGGAUUUGGACAUCAAAUCUCGUAUCCGAGUAUUGGGAAUAACUAACUAUUCGACCUUGGUUGAUAAAGCCUUAACAGCUGAGAAAGAUGUCAUAGAAAUGAAGUUAGCGGAACAACAGAAGAAGCGCCACCUUAGUUUAUCCCAUCAUGAGAACACAUCUAAUAGACCGUCAAAGAGAGGUGGUCAUGGUUAUGGUUCAGUCAAGAGCUCUAGUGCAUAUCAAAAAAAUAGAGAGCAUCCCACCCCAACCCAAAGCAUUUCUAAUCAGCGUCAUGGACAGUCUAGUGGGACAUCAUCUCAGUUUACUCAAAGUGUUUGCAAGCAAUGUGGGCGGGCACAUACAGGCGUUUGUCAUGCUGGUACCGACUUGUGUUUUCGUUGUGGCCAGAAGGGUCAUUUGGUGAAAGAUUGCAUAGUUCCAAAAAUGACUAAUUUGGGAGAUACACGAGCUUGCUUCAAUUGUGGACAACCCGGACAUUUGGCUAGAGAUUGCACACGAACCGCUUCAUCUGCUAGUAUUGGAGUUGGCUAUCGUUUAUCCAUUAUUACUCCUAUUGGGGAUUGUGUUAUAAUUGAGGAGGUAUAUCGUGGUUGUGUACUAAAGCUGGGAGAUAGGGAGAUGGUAGCGGAUUUAUUGCCUUUAGAGAUGCUUGAUUUUGAUUUGAUUUUGGGAAUGGAUUGGUUGGCUUCUUACCAUGCUUCGGUGGAUUGUUAUAGGAAAGAGAGGUGCCAAGGAUACUUAGCCUAUGUGGUUGACUCCGAAUUGAGUGGUCCAAGACUGGAGGAUAUACCAAUUGUGUGUGACUUCGUAGAUGUUUUUCCCGAUGAACUACCUGGAUUACUCCCAGAUCGAGAAAUUGAGUUUGCUAUUGACUUAAUUCCUAGAACUACCCCAAUUUCUAGUGUACCUUACCGUAUGGCCCCAGCAGAACUUAAGGAGCUUAAGAUGUAA